AUGAAUCGUUUUCUGUGGCUGCUGGCUGCAGGUCUUUACCUGUGCUUGCAAUGCCAGGGGAAUGCAGAAUCACGUUUGAGCAGAAGCGUCAUUGAAAAAGCUGUGAUUGGAGCAAAGGCCACUGUGGACUCAGCUUAUGAGUACUCUAGAAAAGAGAGCCUUAACCGUGUGAGGAGGAAUGCGGCGAAUCCUUCAGACGUCCUGCGGCUGCUGAAGCAGCCUGCUGGUCCCACCCGUAGUGCUGUGCGUGCUGCAGACUACAUGGAUAUAGCUGUGAAGCUGAUCAAGAGGUCUCUGGGUAGCCGUCAAAAACGCUCCAUCAAUGCCACUGAUCUAAUCUCUGAGGAGGAUCUGCAGUUAAUCGCUGAUCUGACAGGCUGCUCUCCCCGACAUCGUGUCCCUUCUUGCAAGACGACUCCCAACUUACACACGUUUCGCACUGCAAGCAGCGUCUGCAACAACGGGCAGAACACACGCUGGGGAUCCUCCAACAUACCUUUCAUCCGCUGGCUCCCUGCUGAGUACCAGGAUGGCAUCUCUCUGCCUAAAGGCUGGGACCCUAAGUUGAUAGUCAACAGUCACAUGCUGCCCUUGGUAAGGGAUGUGUCCAACCGUAUUCUGAGCACAGCUAAUGCCGAUGUGGAGAACGACCCACUCUACACUCACCUGGUGACAAUCUUCGGCCAGUGGACUGACCACGACCUGACCUUCACCCCUCACUCUCCUGUCAUCCGGUCAUUCAGUAACGGUAUUGACUGUGACAAGAGCUGUGAACGCACAGAACCCUGCUUCCCCAUUGAGAUUCCAAGGCAAGACCCCCGCUUCGGCAGAAACACAGAAGAGUGCAUGCCCUUCUUCCGCUCAGCAGCAGGUUGCGGUUCUGGCAACACCGGCCACAUCUUCGGAGCAGGAAAUGUCCGUCAGCAGAUGAACUCUCUCACAGCUUUCAUUGAUGUAGGCCAGGUGUACGGUUCAGACGAUACCAAAGCUCGCUUCCUACGCAACCUCACCACGGAUGAGGGCCUUUUAAAGGUCAACACACAGUACACUGACAAUGGCCGUGAGCUCCUGCCCUUCACCAACAUGGGUGCCAACAUGUGUGCCACACGAACCCGCAUUACUAAUGAAGUUGAUGUUGAGGAGGUGCCCUGCUUUCUGGCUGGUGAUGAGCGCACCAAUGAAAACAUUGGUCUGACCUCUCUACACACACUGUUGAUGCGUGAGCACAACCGUCUGGCACGUGCCCUGGCCAAACUCAAUCCCCAUUGGGACGGAGAGAGACUCUACCAGGAGGCCCGCAAGAUCAUGGGUGGAUACUUCCAGGUUCUCACCUUCAGAGACUACUUGGUCCACAUUGUUGGUCCCGACUUCAUUACCAAGCAGCUGUCCACCUACCCUGGUUAUGAUGAAAAGGUGGACCCCAGCAUCUCCAAUGUGUUUGCCACAGCUGCCUACCGAUUUGCUCACCUGAUGGUUCAGCCUUUCAUGUUUCGUCUUGAUGAGAAAUACCAGGAGCACCGUGAUUACCCAAGCCCGCUGCUACACAAAGCCUUCUUCACACCAUGGAGGGUCAUCUUUGAAGGUGGAUUGGACCCAAUCCUGAGGGGGCUGGUGGGUCGCCAGGCCAAACUGAACACACAGGAUCACAUGAUGUCUGAUGAACUGAGGGACAGGCUUUUUAAAUUCUCCAAUGAGUUGGCGCUGGAUCUGGCCUCUCUCAACAUGCAGAGAGGAAGAGACCAUGGACUCCCUGGUUACAACAAAUGGCGCAAGUUCUGUGGGCUGUCACAACCACAAAAUCUGGACGAGCUGACAAAGGUUAUGAACAACACUGAUCUGGCCAGGCACCUUCUGGAUCUCUACGGCACACCUGACAACAUCGAUGUGUGGCUGGGAGGAGUGGCUGAGCCGUUUGUCCGUGGAGGAAGAGUGGGACCCCUGUUUGCCUGCCUGAUUGCCACCCAGUUCCAGAGGAUCCGCCAGGGAGACCGACUUUGGUGGGAGAAUGAGGGAGUCUUCACUGAGGCUCAGAGGGCGUCCUUGAGGGAAACAUCACUUGCCAAAAUCAUCUGUGACAACACUGGCAUCACAGAAGUACCCGAAAGACCCUUCCUAUACCGGCCCCGAGGAUAUGAUUACAUCCAGUGUGAGGACAUCCCUUCCUUUGACCUCAGUCCAUGGAGGGAGGACGGACAAGACUCACGUGGACCCCCAGGACCAACAGGACUCAGAGGGCCACCUGGUCCGAGAGGCCCUCUUGGACCCCCUGGCACUGAGGAGAAAGUUGCCUUCUCUGUGCGGCUGGGCAACGACUCCCCCAAAGCCGGCGUGCCAAUCAUCUUUCAUGAGGCCCUCUACAACGGACAGAACAGCUAUAACAUCAAGACAGGAAUUUUUACCUGUGAGCACCCAGGCGUUUACGAGUUCCAGUUCCACUGUACGAUCAGCCAGAACUCUGGCAGUGUGGAUUUGAUGCAUAACGGUAAGCUGAUUGUGCACUCAUUCACCACAUGGCAGAGCGGCUACAUCACAGCCAGUGGCAACACGUACAUUAAGCUUCAGAAGGGAGACAAGGUCUGGCUGGUGGCCAACCAUAGUGGCAACGGUCUGACCAGCGAUAGCUUCUUCUCAGGGCACCUGCUGUUCACUGAGUAG